GAAGCGCAUAUCGACGAUGCACCGAAUGAGGUUGUUGAUGACACAACAGAGGAACCUGCUGAUGAUUGUACCUCUUGCCAUAUGAUGACAGACCUCACAUUUGUGACAUUUUCUCUAUAAAACCACCAAGGAACAUACCACAGAAAUGAUAGAACCUAAGGAGGAAGUCACACCUGAAGAAGUGGCAAAAGUAGAGAGAGAGGCAGAGGCACCAGCCCCACUGGUUCCGAUAGUUGACGAAAUGUCUCCAUUGAAACAUUUUUUCCUGACAGGAAAAAUACACAAGCAGGUUAAUCAAGAACCCACAAAAGAAUACAAGGUGGAACCUAAGGAUGAAGUCAAGGAAGAACCUACGGAAGAACCCAAGACCGAAUCCAAGGAUGAACCCAAAGAGGAACCAAAGGAAGAAGUCAAUGAGAAAUCUAAGGACAAAGUCAAGGAGAAAGUAGAGGAGGAAGUCUUCCCAACUGAAGAGACAGAGGCACCAGCACCAACCAUUCUGGAUGUUGAAGAACAAAUUAUAUCCCCAAUUAAGAAGUUUUUCACUACUGGAAUCUUUGCCGGUUUAAAGAAAAAGAAAAAGCUUAUAGAAGAGGAAACGCCUGAAUAUGCGACCGUUGAGAAGGAACAGGAACUGCAAAGCAUUGAAAAACAGGAGGACAUAAACACAGCAGAGGAAGCUGGACUUGAACAAGAACAAACAAAAGAGGAGAUCAGUCCAGGUGUUGAGGGGGAACAAAAUGAGAAAGAACUUCAAUUUGAAAUUGCAGCCACAAUGUUAGCCGGAGUAACAGAUUCCCUAAUGGCUGAGGCAUCCAAUGUCCCCGAACUCAUUAUGAGUAAUGUCCCUAAAAGUAGUGGAAACAGAGAGGAUGUUCUUGAAGAGCAGACAGCUACUAAUAUAUUACAGACAAUUAUCUCAAAUGAAGCUGAACUUCUUGGUUCAGGAAGUUCAGUCCAGGAUAUUCUUGAAGACCUGUGUCCUUCUUGGAGUUUCGUAACCGUUAUAACAAAUAAAGUUGAAACAAAUGAAGCCAAACUUCUUAGCUCUCAAAACAAAGUUAAAACACAGGAAAGUCUUGAAGAGCAGUCUCAUUCUUGGGGAUUUGUCACAGUCACAGAGGAUGUUCCCGAAGAGGAGCCAGCUCCUGUGGUAUUACUGACAGUUACCUCAAAUGAGGCUAAACUUCUUAACUCUCAAGAGAAAGCUAAAACCCAAGGAAGUCCAGUCCAGGAUAUUAUUGACAAGCAGUCUUCUUCUUGGGGAUUCCACACAGUUAUCUCAAAUGAAGCUGAACUUCUUAGCUCACAAGAGAAAGCUAAAAAUCAAGGAAGUCCACUGAGGAAGCUCUUGUCUGGGGCUGGUUUGAAGAAGCUUACUAGGAAGAGGAGAGGUAGUAAACCAGACAAGUUGACUGGAUCUGGUGAGCAUGUAGCUGAGGAUCUACUGUCAUCCACAGAUUCAGUGGAGUACCAGAAAGGAGAAAGUACUGCCUCUCUGCCAGAAGAAUUAUCAGCAGAGCAGGUAAAUGUGUCUGCUCAGGCUGGGUUGAGCCACGAAUCAGAUGAUGUAACCUCUGACAUUGAAAGGAAGAAGGAUGGUACCUGGACUUCCUUCAAAAAACGAAUGACACCCAAAAGACAUCUCAAAAGAUCCUCUGAGAGUGAGGAUGAGUCAGCACUUGUAGGCUUACAUGAGGAGCCAAAGCAAAGUGAAGGGGAACAGGUACUAGAACAUAUCACAGAAGAGCCCAAAAAAAAGGUUGAUAUAUCUGUUUCUUGGGAAGCUUUCCUAUGUGGAUCUGCAAAGAGGAGGGGCAGAAAAACAUCGGACUCAGAGGAGCAAGCACCCAUGAAUGAAGGUAAAAUACUAUGUGAACCAGGAAACACUGCAGCGUCGCCAUUGGACAGUUCUCAGGAGAGAGGCUAUGAACAUUUUACCUCUUCCCCUGAGCAAGUUGGAAGUCCCUCGGGGAGUGAAGGGGUGUCUACAUGGAAAUACCUUAAAAAGCUGAUCACCCCCAAAACAAAGGCAAAAACCGAGGAGGCUGUCAAAGUUAACUCACCAGAGCAGAUGCAAUCUGGCAUCGAAAUCACCAAAGAGAAGUCUUCUUUUUCUCUAAAGAAACUCAUCCCUGGACGCAAAAAGGGAAAGCAUGGAGAAAAGCAGGAACCAAUCUCUUCUGACAAGGCAGAUAUGGGUGUUGGAUCGGACGAUGAGGAGGACUCUGAAACGCCAGCAGUGGUCCCCAUGUCAGAGUUUGAUGCAGAAGAGCUAGGAGCGAAACACAACAUAUCAACUGAGGCUGUUAUAGAAACUCUAAUACACAUAACAGAAGAAGAAACCCAGCCAGACGUCUCUAGCACGUUCACCGAAUCGACCAUACCCAAAGACACCCUGCCCACUGAAGCAGAGAAGGCAAAAUAUACUGUGGAACAGUUGGCCCCAUCAACAUCCACCACUGCUAUGGAAAACUUUGAGGACCUUACGGAAUUCAUAAGUAAACAUCAGCAACUCAGUGAUAUACCUGAAGAAGUGUCUACUCCUGAAGAAGCCACUCAAGACGAUACCAUAGCCGAGGACCUAAUAGAGUUGACAUCUGAAGCAGUCACUGCCCCAGAACCUCUAGAUGAAGAAACAACAGAAAUGGUUUCAGCAGUGUCACAGCUGACAGAUGAGUCCCCCAAAACAUCAGGCAGCACAACACCUGUCCCAAUAGAAUACGAGUUAAAGGAUACAGAGUUACUUCUGCAUGAGACUGUUGAUACCAUUAGCAGAACCCAAACUCUCUCAUUGGUAAAUAGAAAAGGCCCACAUCUGGAAGCUAUUUCAGUUUCUCCACAAAUAUUACACACACCAAAAGAGAAGGAAGCAACAGUUUUGAUAGCUCAUGAAAAAUCAGAUGCAGUUGAAAUCCGCACAGGUGAAGAGUCUCAACAAAUUGAUCUUGUUGAUAAAAGCCCAGUGACUCCUAUGGUAGAGUGUCCAUCUGAGGUCACUGAGGUAGUACCCACAGAGUUGGCACCUGAGGACACUGAAGAGUCUGAUGCUGCAAGAAUCACUACAGAUGAUUUACACAAAGCUGAAGAUGAAUCAAUUCCAAUCAUGCGCAUAGAAACUGAAAAGGACCCACAAACAGAAUUGGUAAAUGAGUUAGAAGAGGCAAGACCAGAACUUGUAGCCUACAUUAGUUCAGAAGAAGGCGUAGCUCAGGUUGACGAAAAGGUGGUAGCAGAAGAAACUCCACAGCCUGAUAGAGAGAGUCUGGAUGUAUCAUUCACAGACAAACUUAUCUCCAUACAACCUCUCACGGAGUUCACUCUUGAAGAAGAGAAAGCGGAAUUCCUGGAUGUUGCGGAGGAUGCUGCAGACAAUGAGAAUGCACCAGUUAUAGAAACAAUCACAUGUGAGGUUCAAGAUGUCACAGCUGCAAUGCAUGACGUUUCAAUGUCGGAACCAUCUGACGUUCUGGAAUGUUUGAUUGCCAUAGUGACACCUGAAGUAGAAUCCCCAGAGAAAAGGGAUCCUGUGGGUUCUCUAAGACCACUUGAAGAAGCAAGACCAGUACUUGUCACCACUGUUAAUUCAGAAGAAGCUCAGGUUGAAGGAAAGGACGUUCUGAAAACUUUGAUUGCUGUAGUGGCACCUGAAGUAGAAUCCCCAAAGAAGAAAGAUCCUUUGGGUGCUCUAAGACCACUCAUAUGCUCUGCUAUGGUAGAGGACAUGGUUGUGAUGAAGAAUGUGCCUUCAGCACAGUUUGUUGAUGGCCAUGUGAUCCAAGUACAAGUGACGGAUGCAGAGCUAAAGUCAGCUGAAGAAAUGGUUGAGAUAGUGCUUGAAGUGGGCUCAUCUGAUGCAAAUGAUCACAAUAUUCUAUUACAACAGGUGAACACUGAGAUUGAAUCAGAUGAAGCAAAUGUUAAGACAACCCGUGAGGUGGGCUCAACUGAUGAUCACGAGAUUAUAGUACAAGUGGCGGAUGCACCGUUAAAGUCUGCUCAAGUAAUUGUUGAUCAAGGGCUUGAAAUGGACUCAACCAAUGUCACUGAUCAUGAGAUCCAAUUGAAAGGGUUGGAUGUAGAGAUUGAAUCAGCGGAAACAAUUGUUGAUACAGUUCUUGAGGUUGUCUUAACUGAUGUCAAGGGUCAUGAGAUCCAGGUACAAGUAACAGAUGCAAAUGCUGAGAAGGGUUCAGCUGAAGCUAUUGUGGAGACAGCACUUGAGGUGGUUUCCUCAACCGAUAUUAAAGAGGUCAUAGACGUUUGUGACAAAAUGGAGGACGAAGGAGAGGGUGAGAAUGCCACUGAGAAGAUUGAGGACGACAUGUUUGAAGAGGCCAGCAGUAUUAUAACUCAGGAAAUUGUCCAACAUGUGCAGCAGAACUCAUCAGAAGACCCCAAUGUUGUACCACAAUCAAGUGAAAAGGCUGAAGUUGAAUUAUCGAGUGAAGCAGAAGUUUCGAAAUCACCAGAGAAUACACCAGCGGUCACAGUUAUAGAGAGUCAAGGACAUCCACAUGUAACUGCACAGGUGCAAAAGACAAUUCAUUUAGUUGAAAACUACUUCGAUCUUAAUACUCAGGGAAAUGCACAAGAACCUUCAGAAAAAGAAACGGAGCCCUCGAUUGCUCUCGAAGUUGAUACAGUAUGUGAGGAUAGAAAAACUCCUGAGGCAUUUGUAGAGCCCACUUCUGAAUUCAACAGCAUACCUGACGACACAGUUCCCACUACAUUUGCAGAGUCUUGUACACAGGCAGAUGUGCAAGAUGUUUUUGGAACAGAGGCUGAAUUCAUGAUUUAUUCUGAAGUAGAUCAAGCCAUUGAUGUUUCAGACUCUACUAGCGGGCAUGAGAAGCAACUAGUGGGAAUGGUAGUAGAAUCAACAAAGGAAUCAGUGGAGUCGUUUGAAAAGAGACUAUCUAUUGAAUCCCAUGUCCAUCUCCACAUUAAACCCAGAGAUACUGGAGUUGUGUCUGCGGGAUUAGAGUCACCACCGCAUGCUAUUUGGCCACCUCCAAGUACUACUGCAGAAGUUGCAGUGAAUACUGACAGCCUUCUAACAGAAUCAAUAGAAAGUGCAAGUACUAUUGCAAAAAGUUCUGUGAAUACUGACUGCGUUCUAACAGAAUCAAUGGAAAGUGCUCAACUUUGUGAAGUCAGUCAAAUUGAGCAAACCAGUGACACUGCACCUCAUGUGCCACUGCAUGCCCCACCUGCAACAGUGCUGUACACCCUAAACCCUGAAACAGAACAGGUAAUGACCAAUGCAGUAGGGUCUAACCCACACAUAGAGGAAGAGAAUGACCUAGAACUGUGGCUGGAUGCUGAGGAAGAUAUUGGCACAGUAAAAUCCAAUAUCUUGGAGGUUCUAAGCAAAAAAACAGAUCGAGGAGUAGAGAAGACGCUGCAGGACAGUGGAGAUAUAUUUGAUAUUGCACUUGAGCCUCGAAGCUUUCUGUCUGGAGGUGAUACCUAAUAAGACUGCAGCCAUUCCACCAAACUGUUAAGUCAGUCCUUUACAUUUCUUGUUAUUCUACUUAGUAUUUAAGUACUUGAAGAAGUACACAAAUAUAAUGUCUCCUUGAACUUUCUUCUCUUAGGUUUAACGAGCUAAAGGAGUGCUGGACUACCAACGAACAACCUGAAAGAGAAGAUAGAAGUCUGCACAUGAAGGAUGACCCACCACAACGGAGCUAAUGGAGACAUUCUUCGGAUCGUUGAAUACAUUAAUGUUAGUUUCAAUGUUAUUAUAUCAAAGUUUAACUGUAUGUGUAAAUUACUUCUACUUAUUUAAAUACAAUUUGUGUUCAUUUUCAAGGAACCAUGUCAUCUUAUCAGAACUUGGGAGGUACAAUUAAUGUAUAUUAUAUAAUAUUUAUGUUAAAAUGUUUGAAAAUGUUUGUCCUGUUUGUCCUUCUACAGAGUAUAUUUAUCUGAGUUGAGUUUUCUUUAGCGUUAAUUGUAAUUUGUGGGUUGAACAGAAGCCUUCCAUUUAUCAACAUAACAACACUUACAUUCAACACAGGACAUACGUACCCCACUGCUCACCAAAACAAUGCAAAGACAAACUGUGAUUAGAUAUACAGGUAUGUAGAUUUGUUCGCGUUGUUACUGUGUCUUCUGUCAGACACUAAAUGUUUGCUCGACUCAGCACAUAACGGUAAUACAACAUUUGCUCUAGUCAUGUGUAGUGACUAGAAUUUGUAUCACAUGUAUCAUCAUUCCUAUGAAUAUUGCCAUCCAUCUUCAUUAUCUCAGAAUUAUAGUUGAAUUGCCAAGUUUUCAAACUAUGCACUGCAAUGGUUAGUUGACACAGACCAAAAUACUAAUACAAAAUGUGUAUUUUAUCACGAGUUACGUGAUGUAUCGGUCACAGACAAACUUAUCAACAGAACUAUAUUUGUGUAUUCAUUUUUUUGCCUGUGAAUAUACACGGAGUAUACAAAACAUUAAGAACAUGACAGACUGACUAGGUGAAUCCAGGUGAAAGCUAUGACCCCUUAUCGAUGUAAUUUGUUAGAUCCUCUUCAAAUUCAGUGUAGAUGGGCGGGGGGGUUAAAGAAGGAUUUUUAAGCCUUGAGACAAUUGAGACAUGGACAAAAUAUUUAAAGAUGCUAUGCAGAAAUCGCUCUGCCAUUUCCUGCUUGAUAAAAUUCUAAUAGUUCGCUUAAUUUAAGUUUAUGUGACAAAACAAGCAAGUAUAGUGUAGAGAAUAAUUGUACCAUCUAAAAUAUAUUUUCCAUAUUGUAUUUUCAGCUGUUUGAAGCUGGUGUACAAAACUGAAAGUAAAAGACACAAAAACGAAACUUAAGAAUGGGAGGCAGAGAAAUAGUGCACAUGUAACAGAUCUACCACUUCUUCGACUUUCUUACAAUGACAGAUCUAUAUAACACACAUUUCUAUAUGAAUUUGGCCAGGUAGUGAAAAAAGUGACAUAAUGCAGCUUUAAGUGCCUUUGAACGGGGUAUAGUAGUAGGUGCCAGGUGCACCGGUUUAAAUGCGUGUCAAGAACUGCAACGCUGCUGGGUUUUUCACACUCAACAGUUUCCCAUGUGUAUCAAGAAUGCUCCACCACCCAAAGGACAUCUAGCCAACUUGAAACAACUGUGGGAAGCUUUGGAGUCAACAUGGUCCAGCAUCCCUGUGGGAUGCCUUGCCUUGCCUUGACACCUUGUCGAGUCCUUGCCCUGACGAAUUGAGGCUGUUCUGAGGGCAAAAGGGGGUGCAACUCAAUAUUAAGGUGGUCCUAAUGUUUUGUGCACUCAGUAUAUAUAUAUAUAUAUAUAUUCCUCUUUAUCUUCAAAUGUAAUAUUAACUAAUAACUAAAUGCAAAACAUAAAAUAGUUGCAUGAACACUUUUAUAUUUCAAAGCUGUGAAUAAAAUAAAUGAAAACUAUUUACAUCCGGCUUGAAGGACCACUCUGAGCCUCUCGGGGCCUUUCUUACAGAUGAGUUAAGGUUCUGUCACUAUGCUUCUACCUAUACUAAAUACAGCAAGACGUGAUGACAAUACGCAAGUUAGUUCAGUCUACUUUAUCUUAUAAAAUCAAACACAACAAACUUACUAAAAGGAGAUGACAGCUGUCACCAAAAGUAUGUGCUCUAGAUAUUCAUGGCUCAUAUGAAUGUGAAUAACAUUUGACAUGGCAAGACCACAGACAAUUAGCAUCUUCUAAAUGACCUGCAGUGCCAGGCAAUAGGCUCAGCUUCUUCCAGACAAGUCACUGGGUUGAUGAGAUAUUGGAUUGUUUGGUUGAAUUAUUACAGUUUGCCAGAAUGAAGAAAUACACCGAAAUGUAUGUCUGCAAAUAUAUAAAUACGUACAGUGAAUCAAUACAUAUAGGCAAUUUAAAGUUUCAACUCAAAAUAUAAACACAAGCAUAUAAAGCCCCAAAACACAUGCAUAUAUUAAUGAUGGGGAUGUAAUGACUCACCGAUACGCAUCAGUUCCUUAUUCAAAUGUUUAAAAUAGGACUGCGUCGGUCCACUGACCACAAACCAUCCAAAUGUAGCAUG